AUGGAGACAAAGCAGACUGAGGAUGAGAAUGAGAAGACCCAACAUGAACUAGGCUUCGCGAAUGGCAGCAGAUGGGCAACAGAUACGGCGGGAGGAGGUAGGGCUGGUGGAUUGAGUAUUUGGUGGACUUCUGAAGUAUCCCUUACUGCUAUGGACUUGACGGCAAAUUAUCUAGACAUGAGAGUCAAUGACCAAAGUGGGGAUAUUUGGCGGUUCACAGGCGUGUAUGGGUGGCCGGAACAUAAGGAUAAAGAGAAAACUAAUGAUCUGAUUAAGGAGCUGGCCAAGACGUGGGCUGGUCCUUGGUUAAUGGGUGGCGAUUUAAAUCAAGUUAAAGAAGUGAAUGAGAAGAGUGGAGGCAAAAGGGUAGCAGAUGGCGAGAUGAGCAGGUUUGCUAGUAGCCUCACCGAGGCGGGAUUGAAUGACCUAGGAUACUGUGGAUACCCUUUCACGUGGGAAAACAGAAGAGGGGAAGGGGCUUACAUUGAAGAGCGAUUGGAUCGUUUCCUGGGAAAUGAUCUGUGGAAAGAGCGGUUCAUAGAGGGUUGGGUGAAGCAUUUAGAUAGUACCCGUUCUGACCACCGGCCGAUCUUGUGCUACACUGAAGGAGAGGAUGAGGCCGAACCCCGCUGGGGCUGGUCGUUUCGUUUCGACCCGUUCUGGGAAAAACAGGAUGACUGUGCGGAGAUAGUUGAAGACGGAUGGCAUAAUUCUCCCCAGGCAAACAUCCUGGAAAAGCUCAACACUUGCCAGGCAAAACUUGAUGACUGGAGCAAGGAGAGGUUCCCGAAUUUUAACAGACAGCGUAAGAAGAUUAUGAGAGCUACUAGGAGUCUGGAAAGGAUGCCGAAAACUGAAGCAGUUCUGCAGCAGCUUCGACAACUCCGGAAUGAGCUCGAGGAACUUGAAGAUAACGAGGAACAAUACUGGCAGCAACGAUCUCGUGCGGACUGGCUGAAGGAUGGAGAUAAAAAUACGAACUUUUUUCACAAAAAAGCUAGUGCACGACGGAGAAGGAAUAUGCUGCGGAAACUAAGAGACGAGGAAGGCAGGUUGUACACUGGGUCGGAGGCUCUCUUCAAGUGCCUUACGGACUAUUUUAUGUCUCUGUUUACUGCAGGUGAAGCCCCAGCAGUGACACCGGUAGUUGACUCCAUUAAAUGUUCAGUCUCCGCCGAGGACAACGAGGAGCUCAUGCGCCCCUUUGACCGAGAAGAAGUCGUGGCGGCCUUGAAACAAAUGGGAAAACGGAAAGCCCCCGGUGCUGACGGUUUUUCGGUGUUCUUUUUCCGCAGGUACUGGCAUAUUGUGGGAGAUGAGGUCACAGAGACUGUGCUCGGAAUUCUGGCUGGUGGAGAGAUCCCAGAAGGCCUCAACCAUACGUUGAUUGCCUUGAUCCCGAAAGUGAAGCAACCUGCUACACCGAAGGACUUUCGGCCAAUCAGUUUAUGCAAUGUUAUCUACAAGCUUGUGGCGAAAACUGCAGCAAACAGACUGAAGAAGCUUCUGGAUAAAGUAAUCUCACCGGAACAGAGCGCUUUUGUCCCAGGACGAUUCAUAACUGAUAAUGUCAUUGCCGCCUUUGAGUGCUUUCACUCAAUGAAGCUGAAGAAAGAGGGGAGGAGAGGGUGGUUUGCCGCUAAAAUCGACAUGGCGAAAGUAUAUGACCGAGUAGAGUGGCACUUCCUAGAGCGAGUAAUGAGAAAGAUGGGUUUCGCGGAAGGGUGGAUCCAGUUUAUUAUGAAAUGUGUCUGUUCAGUAUCAUACUCAGUGCUGGUAAAUGGUCAUCGCUCGGAAAAGUUCUUACCAGGCAGAGGGCUCAGGCAAGGAGACCCAUUAUCUCCUUAUCUGUUCCUGCUUUGUGCAGAAGGACUUUCAGCUUAUACUGCUAAAGCUGCGGAUGAGAAGAGGAUCAGUGGGAUGCAACCGGGGAGAGGAGGAAUGAUAAUUUCACACCUUUUCUUUGCAGAUGACAGUGUGUUCUUUGGGCGGGCUACUGUGGAAGAAAGUUUAUGUUUGAAGAGAAUCCUACAGGACUAUGCAGCAGAAUCGGGCCAGUUAAUUAACUUCCAGAAGUCUGAAAUCUCCUUCAGCAAAAAUAUCAAACCUCAUCGCAAGUUGGAGAUUGGUGGUGUGCUAAACAUGAAGACAGUGGAUAAAUUAGAUAAAUACCUGGGAUUAGCAACUGAAGCUGGGAGAUCAAAAAAGGAGCUAUUUGAAGGGAUAAUGGACAGACUGCGAAAGAAACUAAAAGGAUGGAAAGAGAGAACGAUGUCGACAGCAGCACGAGAGACUUUGAUAAAGUCUGUUGCUCAAUCCCAACUGACUUACCCCAUGUCAGUGUUUAGGAUCCCAGAGGGAGUUGUUGAUGAAGCUCACAAACUAAUAAACAACUUCUGGUGGGGGCAGAGAGGUACUGAAAGGAAAGCUCAUUGGGUUAAGAGAGAGGACUUGGAGACCCCUAAGGAGAAUGGUGGCAUGGGUUUCAGAAACCUUCGUGGGUUCAAUACAACGUUGCUGGCUAAGCAACUAUGGAAUCUGCACCAAAGACCAGGGUCCCUAGUAGCUCAGAUUAUGCGAACAAAAUAUCACAAACAUUCGUCGGUUUUGGAAGCUGAAGUUGGAUAUAGACCAAGCUUUAUCUGGAGAAGCCUUCUAAGUGCCCAGGAUUUUCUGAACAGAGGUAUGCGCUGGAGGAUAGGCAAUGGUGAUAGCGUUCGAAUAUGGGGAGACCGCUGGGUUCCCGCGGCCCCGGAGGGUUUUAUUGUCUCCGCCCCGUGCGGACUGCCAGCUGACGCGAGGGUGCGUGAGCUAAUUGACCCCGAUACCGGAAAGUGGGAUUCGACUUUGCUCGCGGCAUGUUUGAAUAAAGAAAUGGAGGAGGCUGUCCACAACAUUCCAUUACGUGACAUAUCGGAACAAGACAUCCAAAUUUGGGCGUCAAGCAGGAAUGGGGAGUAUGUGGUGAAAGAUGCUUACCGGAGCUGGGUUGAACAGGAAAAUGAAAAUCAUGGCCGGACAGUUCCAGUUGCAGCCCAUGUAUGGAAGAAAAUUUGGCAACUAAACGUUCCCCCAAAAGUUAGGCACUUCCUCUGGAGAUUCGCCAAGGACGCGCUCCCUACUGGGGUCAAAGUAAGUUCCCAUAGCCCACGGUGGAGUGAUCGAUGCCCGUUCUGUGAUCAAUUGGAGACCCAGGCACAUACUUUUGGCGAUUGUGAAUGGGGGCGCCGCAUUUGGCGAACAUCUCCUACGGCGGUCUGUUUUGAGAAGAGGGUCGGCGAAGAUUGCCUAGCCUGGCUUGAGGCGGUGAUCGAUGGUGUGGAGUACAGUCUUCUGGAGUCAUGGAGCGUCCUGCUGUACUACAUCUGGAAGGAGCGUAAUGCUCACUUAUUCAAUGGGUUCAAGAUGAAUGAGCUGGAGAUUGCUACCUCGGCAGCUAGACUGUUAGCCGAUUACCAACAAAGACAAGAGAAGGAAAUUCAUCUGCAGGCGGAAACUACUCAAAAGAUAUGGAGGGCUCCACCCUUGGGAAGGAUCAAAAUCAACUCGGAUGCAGGAAUCUUGCCGGGAGGAGGUGCGGGUCUCGGCGCUGUAGCAAGGGACUCUGCUGGCCGCUUCCUCUUUGUAGUGGCUAAGAAGAUCAAAGGCAUCUGGGAUCCGGAGGAUGCGGAAGCCUUGGCGAUGGAGCUAGGCGUGCAGAUGGCGGUACAGCUCAAUCUUACAAACCCAAUCUUGGAGACGGACUGUUUGAAUCUUGUUGCAGAUAUUUCCCAGGCGGAAAGGAUCAGAACUGAAGAGGGAGUGGUGUGUAGAAACAUCCGCCGGCUGCUCGUACAGUUAGGCGAAUCCUCAUGGCAGUAUGCACCAAGAGAAGCGAACGUGGUGGCUCAUAUAAUGGCACACGUGGAAACGAUUUGGAAUGAAAGGUCUGUUUGGGUGGAUAGUCCACCGAUCAUCCUGCUUGAUCAGCUAGAGUUGGACAAUGUAACUUUCCCGGCUGAUUAA